UGAUCGCGGGGGACUCCUUACCGCUUCAUUCUCAUUCUUUCUAUUGUUUUCGAACAACUCCCGACCAUGCCUGAACCUUCCAAGUCCGCUCCGGCCCCGAAGAAGGGCUCCAAGAAGGCGGUGACUAAGGCCCAGAAGAAAGAUGGCAAGAAGCGCAAGCGCAGCCGUAAAGAGAGCUACUCCGUGUACGUGUACAAAGUGCUGAAGCAGGUCCACCCGGACACCGGCAUCUCGUCCAAGGCCAUGGGCAUCAUGAACUCGUUCGUCAACGAUAUCUUCGAGCGCAUUGCGGGCGAGGCAUCUCGUCUGGCGCAUUACAACAAGCGCUCGACCAUCACCUCCAGGGAGAUCCAGACGGCCGUGCGCCUGCUGCUUCCGGGGGAGCUCGCCAAGCAUGCCGUGUCCGAGGGCACCAAGGCUGUCACCAAGUACACCAGCUCCAAGUGAGCUGGCCUGCAGCGGAGCGAUCGAACUACAUCCAUCACUUCCUGCUUGAGAAGGGAUUCUGCUGAAGCCAUCAGCACAAUUAACCUCAUCAGAGUACUCAGAACGACAUCUAUGAUGGAUUCUCCACUUCUGCCUUCUUGACAAUCCUCUGAUACAUUUUCACGGGAUCCAAAAUCUUAGUGGAGGGAAAUCCCUGAGCACCAUCCUGACUUCUUAAGGUGGGAUGCUUAUCUGCUUAGGCUACAUCAGACUGUAGUUGUUGCUUCCUUCAAGCCUAGUGUUAAAUUUUGGCAGUGGCCACACCAUGGAACGUAGACUUCUACAAACCACAAACCAUGACUUUCAAUAAGUUUUCAGUUGUAAUUUGAUGGCGUUAAGAAAUAUAGAAGAAUAUGUACCAUUUACCUGCACCAUGUCCUGCUGCUCCAGUGUCCCGGACCUCAGUCCAUCCUAUGUAGGAAGGUGAUAGCCUGCAGUAGUCCUUUAAGGUCACCAUCAUUCCACACCUCUUUUCUAGAUGAACAAACUGAUGCACAGAGAAUAGGAGUAUUUUGUCUAAAUAGCUAGAGGAUCAAUGACAGUCAGUUUAUAAGCCUCAUGGUAGUGGCCAUCAUUGUAAAAAUGGUAGAUUUUGUGGUCUUUUGUUAUCAUCAAACUAAAUUCUUUGAAAACAAA